AUUCUUGUUUACGCCUAAAUGCAUGCGAUUUUGUUGCAUGCCAUAAUACGUGUUUGUGAACGGUUGUAACAGUAUUAGUGUAGGCAUAAGAUAGGAUAGGAUUAAGAAAUAUUGUAAAUAUAGAUAGAACCCAAAACGCAUUCGACCAGAGCAGACGUCCCCCCUUGAACAGCACAACGAACCAUCCGAACAUUUGGUCCUUCGAACCGGAUAGUUCCUGUUAGUUACCGUUCCUAUUGUUGUUUAAGUUACGUUGGUUGUGCAAAGUUAUAGUGUUUAUCGUCCUGGUGUUGUUGUGAACAAUUUGCGCUUGCGCUCGUAAGAACUUUGUGUCAGUUGUAACCAGCGAAGGUGUAAGGACGGAGAACGACAGUGUUUUUAUUUGUUUUCAAGGGGAAUUUGUGAUUUGUUUAAGUUUCACAUAGUAAUUUGUUCGAAUGCAGAUAAGUAAUUGCACGCGGACUUAACUAAGCGUGGGUUCAGGGUGUUGACCUUUCGAUUUGUCGGUGAACUAGUGAACUAUCAAGGACGGACAUUGCACAAGGUUUAGUGUGUUUACAGCAGUGGUAUUAGUGUAGUGUUUCGUACGCUGGAAGGAAAGUUCAUCGAUGAACAGUUCGGUGCCGUAGCAAGUUCUUCGAUAAGGAUAGAAGCAGCCAUUGCAACUAACCCACGGUGAUUAGGCAGGAACGGCGGUAGUGGCAAUUUUUGAAGCUUUAUCCGUGAAGUGUGGAACAAGCUUGCUUGCAGAGAUUGAUGUUGUGCCGAUAGCAAGGUUCAAAUUAUAGAAUUCAGUGUGUGGUCAACACGUGGCUUGAUAGUGGUAUUAGUGCGAAAGAACUAAGUACGUUAACCUUACAACGCAACGCGUCAGAGUGAACAGCUUUGAGAGUACGACAGGGUUCAUCAGUGAAGGAAGUGAAAAAUAUUUAAAAUGCCUGCAGGGGACAAGCAACAGAAACAAUUACAGCAGCUGCAGCGCUUAUAUCGCGAUAGUUUGCGUAGCAUUGACAUUUACGAAGAGUUUGUGAACAAUUACGAUCCAGCCAGAGAUAGUGACCAGGUCCCAGUGCAAUUAGAACAGUUAGAGGAAGUGAAAAAUGCAUUUACAGAUGCUCGAGCACAGUUACUCAUCGAAGAGUCAAGCGUCGAAGACGAAAUGUGGAAUGAUCAAAGGACAUUCAUGACAAAAUAUAUGAAGGUGAAGGGUUUUUUGUGCGCACAACAACGAGUAGAUGCAACAAAUCUUGUGGCUAGCAGUACGUUUCAAACAUCAGUGACGCAUACACCAUUACGACUUCCCGAAAUCAAUCUGCCUUCAUUCGACGGCGAUGCAACGAAAUGGCUCACUUUUAAAGAUCGUUUUACCUCUAUGGUUCAUGAAGUGAUAGAACUCCCAGAUGUAACAAAACUGCAGUAUCUGUUGACGGCGUUGAAGGGAAGUGCAGCAACACCAUACGAUCAUACGCAGUUAGUAGCAGAAAACUACGAGUCAACAUGGAAAUCAUUGCUACAGCGUUUUGAUGAUUCUAAGAGAAUAAAACGAGAAUAUUUCAAGGCACUUUACCAACUGGAGUCUAUGAACGGGUCAAGCGCUGAGGAGUUGGCACGUCUUGUAAAUGAGACCAGGCGGCUGGUACGAGGGAUGGAGAGGUUGAAUGAGCCGGUAAAUCAAUGGGACACUCCGCUUACAAGUUUGAUUCUCUACAAGCUAGAUUCUGCUUCUUUGAUGGCCUGGGAACAAUAUUCUGCCGAUCAUGAGGCAGACACGUAUAAACGUAUGAUUGAGUUCUGCGAGAAACGAGUGAAAAUACUAAGUAGCUGCACCACACACACAACGAACGCUGUAGACACAAGGCCGGCAAGGGUGGUCGGCAGUUCAUCACCACGUAGUUAUGCAGCAGCGCGUCAGAAGAAAGAAAGUGCGACCUUUUUAGCAUGUGCAGCACAAACUCCCAAGGCAGCCUCUAAUACCUGUCCGGUCUGCAAGGCUGAUCAUAAUGUGGCGAAGUGCACCUCAUUCAGAAGCAUGGACUUGUCCCAAAGGCAGACGGUUGCGAAGGAAGCUAGGUUAUGCUUCAGCUGCUUAAGAAGAGGACAUUCUAUACGAUUUUGCAGAAUGCAUGGCAGAUGUUUAAACUGCAAUGGAAGGCAUAACACUUUAUUGUGUAUCAAGCAGGGAGAGUUUCCAGUAUCAACAAGCUCAGAGACAUCAGCGCUGCCAAUUAGUGCGACACUUCAGGACAAGGUAGAGAAGCCACAAAAAACCGUCUGGUUGUCAACAGCUCUUAUUUUGGUAGAAGGGGUUAAUGGUUCUACGAUUCCUGCACGAGCCCUCCUGGACAUGGGAGCCCAGUCUAACUUUAUGUCCGAAAGAUUGGUUCAGCAGCUAAAACUAAAGAAGGAACGAGUUCACAAGCCGCUGUCAGGAGUGGGAACCGUUGCAUUGACCGCGAACAAUUUGGUUUCGACAACUGUCAAAUCUAGAACAACCACAUUUGUUAAGAGGCUGGAGUUUUUAGUACUGGCAAGGGUAACAGCUAACUUCCCAUCGAGAUACGUGAAAGUCGAAGGCUGGAAUGUUCCAUCAGGAUUGGAAUUGGCAGAUCCAUCAUUCUACCAGCCUGGAUCAAUAGAUCUUUUAUUGGGGGCGGAAGUGUUUGCCGAUAUGUUGAAGCAAGGUCAGAUCAAACUCGCGCCCCACUUACCCAAGCUACUCGAAACUCAUCUUGGAUGGAUAGUUAGUGGCACUGUGUUUGAGCAUCCUAAAGGAAGUAUUGAUGAAGCCCAUAUUGCGUGCUGUGCUGUUGAAGACGAUAGUUUUGAUACGGCAAUGAAGCGGUUGGUGAUGCUGGAAGACCUUCCAACAGAAAGAAUUCGCUCAAAGGAAGAGGAACAAUGCGAGCGCAGCUACCAAGAAACAACAUACCAGAACGAGGAAGGCAGAUACGUGGUUCAGCUGCUCAAACGGUUCGAUUGGAAGACACUUGGAGAAUCCAAAGAAACUGCACUGAAAAGGUUCAUGGCUAUGGAAAGGCGAAGAAAAUCGGACUGCAGGCUCGACGACGCUUACAAAGCCUUUAUGAAAGAGUACCUUGAUCUUAAACACAUGUCAUAUUUGGGUACGUAUGCAGAAAUCGAUACAAAUAACUUAAGACCUUCUUUCUUUCUUCCACAUCAUGCGGUUUGGAAAACGGACAGCACCACCACUAAAUGCAGAGUUGUAUUCGACGCAUCAUGUAAAACAACUUCUGGUCGGUCCCUGAAUGAUGUGCUAUUAACCGGUCCGCAACUACAAGACGACGUUGUAUCGAUACAGCUGCGAUUUCGGAUGAAACUAGUAGCUGUAGUGGCAGAUGUGGAAAAAAUGUAGCGUCAGAUACUCGUGAAGGACUGCGA